UACCCGAGCCGGAAAAGCGUGUAACGACUAACGGAUAGCAAUAGCAAGGAAUUCAGUUUCAGUCUCUCAGAAGUAGUUCAGUAGUUAAAACUUUGAAACUUAACUCGAACUCGUGGAUCAAGCCCUUAUGGACCAUUGACGGUGGAUGUCAAAAAUUAAACGAUGGACUCAUUCGAUAUAUUUAAAAAGCUGUCCGUCGGCGCAAAAUUCAAAAAACCUGAAAAAAUUGCGAUUAAACCGGAGAAUGAAAAAUCCAGCGCGAAACAGAUUAAAGUCAAAACAGUUGGUGAUAAUGUCCCUGGAGCGCUUUCAACUUUUGACUUAAUGAAAAAAACUUAUUCUUUGAAUCCUGUGUUGAUGGAAAAUCUCAAAAAAUCUGGUUACACUGUGCCAACGCCAAUUCAGACUCAAGCUAUACCAGUUAUGUUGCAGAAAAGGCAAAUAUUUGCCUGUGCUCCAACUGGUUCUGGUAAAACUGCCGCGUUCUUAGUACCGGUUAUUCACCAUUUGAAUAAACCAUUAAAUAAAGGAUUUAGAGCUUUAAUUGUAAGUCCUACAAGAGAAUUGGCUAAACAAACAUUAAGAGAAUGUACAAGAUUAUGUGAAGGAAUUGGACUACGAGCUCAUACAUUUACCAAAUUUAAUAAGGAUAAAGAGAAAUUUAAUCCAAAAUUAGCUCAAAAAUUUGAUAUUUUAAUAGCAACGCCUAAUCGACUUGUGUUUCUACUGCAACAAGAACCACCAGCUGUUGAACUCAACAACAUUGAGUGGUUAAUAAUAGACGAAUCUGAUAAAUUGUUUGAAACUGGAGUUCGAGGUUUUAGAGACCAAUUAGCAACAAUUUAUAAGGCUUGUGGUCCAAAUGCUAAACGUGCCAUGUUCAGUGCUACAUAUACUGUAGAAGUGGCAAAAUGGUCAAAGAAAAAUCUUGAUGGUCUUAUAUCAGUAACAGUUGGUAAUAGGAACACUACAACUACAACCGUUGAACAGGAUCUGGUAUUUGUUGGCAACGAAGAAGGAAAAUUAAUUGCAAUGAGAGAUUUAGUGAAAAAGGGUCUAACACCUCCAGUUUUAAUAUUUUUACAAUCCAAAGAACGUGCAAAAGAGCUUUUUAGUGAACUUAUUUAUGAUGGAAUUAAUGUAGAUGCUAUACAUUCUGAUAGAACUCAACAACAAAGAGAUAAUACAGUAAAAGCUUUUCGGGAAGGAAAAAUAUGGGUUUUAAUUUGUACAGAGCUUAUGGGACGAGGUAUCGAUUUCAAAGGUGUCAAUUUGGUAAUAAAUUAUGACUUUCCAUCUUCAGCCAUCUCAUAUAUUCAUAGAAUAGGUAGAACAGGGCGAGCAGGACGUUCUGGUAAAGCUGUUACAUUUUUUACAAAUGAUGACAAACCAAUGUUAAGAAGUAUUGCCACAGUGAUGAGGGAUUCAGGAUGCCCAGUACCAGACUAUAUGUUAGAAAUGAAACGAUUGCAUAAGAAUACUAGAAGAAAGUUAGAAAAACAAUCUAUCGAUAGGAGUGAAAUUAGAGCAAAACCACAUAGAUAUCAAAAACCUAAUGCAGAUAAAAAAGAUUCAACAUCAUCGAAAUCAAAGAAAGAAUCAAAUGAAAAAAAUAAAAAUGUUAAAAAAAAUUUAGUGUCAAUUAUUAAUGUUGAUCAGUCGUCUAAAGUAAACAAGAAACGAAAAUCAAAUGUUUCAAAAGAUCGUAAAGUUGUAAAGAAAAUCAAAAAGACAUCUGUGUAA